AUGCUGAUCACGGUAUACUGCGUACGGAGGGACCUCUCUGAGCGAACUUUCUCCCUCCAUGUCGCCCCUGACUUUGAGCUCUGCAACUUCCGAGUCCUCUGUGAGAUCGAGUCCGGAGUCCCUGCUGAAGAGAGCCAGAUCAUCUACCUGGAGAGACUCCUUGUGGAUGACCACUGCUCCCUGGGCUCCUAUGGCCUCAAAGAUGGAGACGUUGUCGUAUUACUUCAGAAGGAUAAUAUGGGACACCGGCCUCUGGGAAGGGCUCCAAAUCACCACCAUCACCAUCAUCAUCACAUGGAGUUCGGUGGGCUUGCCACACCUGGGCCCUCCACGGCCCGACAGCGGGCGCCAUCCGCCCAGCUGUCCCACGGCUUGGCGUCGGGGGAGAAGGUAGGUUCUGCUUCAGGUCUAAACAGCCCUGCCUUGAUUCGCAGCAUGCUGCUCUCCAAUCCCCACGACCUGUCCCUGCUGAAGGAGCGCAACCCCGUCCUGGCAGAUGCUCUGCUCAGCGGCAACCUGGACACCUUUGCUCGGGUCUUGAGGGAGCAGCAAAGGGAGAUCGCCUUGAGGGAGCAAGAGAGGCUUCGGCUCUACACGGCUGAUCCCUUUGAUCGGGAAGUUCAGGCCAAAAUAGAAGAAGAGAUUCGGCAGCAGAAUAUCGAAGAAAACAUGACCAUCGCCAUGGAGGAGGCCCCCGAGAGCUUUGGACAGGUGGCGAUGCUCUACAUCCACUGCAAAGUGAACGGGCUCCCUCUGAAGGCAUUUGUUGACUCGGGGGCUCAGAUGACCAUCAUGAGCCAGGCGUGUGCUGAGAGAUGCAACAUCAUAAGGUUGAUGGACCGACGCUGGGCUGGAGUUGCCAAGGGGGUGGGCAUACAGAGGAUUAUGGGCCGCAUUCAUCUAGCUCAGAUUCAAAUAGAAGGCGAUUUCUUACAAUGUUCUUUCUCUAUACUUGAAGAGCAGCCCAUGGACAUCCUUUUAGGGCUAGAUAUGCUCAGGAGACAUCAGUGUUCCAUAGAUUUGAAGAAAAAUGUGCUGGUGAUUGGCACCACUGGCACACAGACUUACUUCCUUCCCGAGGCAGAGGUACCAGUGUGUGGUAUGUUAAGUAGUAAUGAGGAAGAAGAGUCUUCGCACAAGGAAGUAGCAGAAAAGAUUAAACAUUCAGUCAUGGAUUCAGGACGGAAAAAGCACUGA